ACAUGGCAAUUGGCGUGUGUGAAGUAGAACCAUAAAAUUAUUAUUUUAUUAUUAAUUACUCUAUUAUUUAAUAUAAUAUAUGACUGUGACUUUCACCAUGUUUGACUAAAUUUCAAAAAUAUUUUGUACAACUUUGCACCAUUUUAUUAUAUUAAUCAAUUAACAUCUAAGAAUCUUCUACUAAUGUAAACAAAAUGGCGAAUAAUUCAUUUCAAAACGUAAAUAGUGAUUUAUUUAUUAGUGAAGAACAAAUAAAUAAACACGAAUUAAAUACAGAACUGAUUAUUAAAAAUGAAAUAUGUGAUGUGAGUGAAAGUGAUUCAAUAAAAUAUGAAGAACCAUUCAAAGGUGGACAAGAAGGAAUUAAAGAAGAAGGAAUAGUUGAAGAAACUGAUAUUAAGAUGGAGAAUGAACAAAUUAUUUUAAAUGAUCCAUUAUUAAAUACGGAAUUACUUAUUAAAGAUGAAACAUUUGAUGGAAAUGAUUUAGAAUUGCAUACGAUUAAAAAUGAAGAAACAUCUUUGACGUAUAAAGUGUGUGAUAAAACUUUUAAAAGAAAUCGUUUUUCAUGUAAAGUGUGUGAUAAAUUAUUUAAUAAAAAACGUGACUUAAUUCGACAUGAACGAACUCAUACUGGUGAAAAACCUUAUUCAUGUGAAGUGUGUGAUAAAACUUUUAAUAAAAAAAAUCUCUUAACUAGACAUAAACGAACUCAUACUGGGGAAAAACCAUUUUCAUGUGAAUUUUGUGAUAAAUCAUUUAAGUAUAAACACGUUUUAAUUAGACAUAAACGAAUUCAUGCUGGUGAAAAACCAUUUUCAUGUGAAAUGUGUGAUAAAAAAUUUACGGUGAAAAGUCAUUUAAUUCAACAUGAACGAAUGCAUACUGGUGAAAAACCAUUUUCAUGUGAAAUGUGUGAUAAAAAAUUUACGCUGCUAAGUCAUUUAAUUCAACAUGAACGAAUUCAUACUGGUGAAAAACCAUUUUCAUGUAAAGUGUGUGAUAAAACAUUUUCGCAGAAAGGUAGUUUAAAUGUACAUAAACGAAUUCACACAGGUGAAAAACCGUUUUCAUGUGAAAUAUGUGAUAAAACAUUUAUGCUGAAAAGUAUUUUAAUUGGACAUAAACGAAUUCAUACUGGGGAAAAACCAUUUUCAUGUGAAGUGUGUGAUAAAACAUUUACGCAGCAAAGUAAUUUAAUUCAACAUAAACGAAAACAUACUGGGGAAAAACGAUUUUCAUGUGAAGUAUGUGAUAAAACAUUUGCGCAGAAAAGUCAAUUAAUUUAUCAUAAACGAUCUCAUACUGGAGAAAAAUCCUUUUCCAGUAAAGUGUGA